UUCAGUGAAAGAAAUGACUCUUGCAAGUUCUCCAAGGCCAAACAGAGAAAAUCUUGCACAUGAAGUAAUGCAUAAAAAGAGAAAUAUUGAAGAAAUCUGCAUUUGCUGUGGAAGUCUUGAGAUCCAUGCUCAGCAUCCUUUGUUUCAUGGGGGAAUAUGUGCUCCUUGCACAGAAAGGUUUUUGGAGAGAUUUUUUCUGUGUGAUAACGAUGGAUAUCAGGCAGACUGUGCAAUCUGCUGCUGGGGUGAAUCACUAGUAAUGUGUGACGAUCCAGCAUGCAUAAGGUCUUUCUGCACAAAAUGUUUGGAUGCACUUGUUGGAAAAGGCAUGGCAGAGAACAUCAAAAAAACUAGUCAAUGGGUUUGUUUCUUGUGUUUGCCACUGGAUAUACAUGGAGUACUGAAGAAGAAGAAGAAAUGGCAGGCAGAACUGAAGUUCUUCUAUGAUCAAGAAUCGUAUCUCUGGAUAUACCAGCCUUUGUCGCCAUGGGAAAGAAAACCAAUUAAUGUGCUCUCCCUUUUUGAUAAUAUUACUCAGGAGCUAAAAUGCAUUGGGUUUCUGGGGAAAAGUAAGGACAGUGGGAGAGUAAAGUAUCUGAAUGAUCUCACAGAUGUGCUGAGGACUCAUAUAGAGGAAUGGGGCCCAUUUGAUGUCAUAUUUGGCUCUACACCAGCACUUGCAAACUCAUAUGAACAUCCAACUGCCUGGUACCUUUACCAGUACAUUCGUAUUCUUCAAUAUAGUAGACCCCCAGAAAGAAGCAGGCCUUUUUUCUGGAUUUUUCUUGAUAAUUUGGUCCUGGAAGAAGAAACCAGGGAUGCAGCCUGUCGGUUUUUAAAGACUGAAGCAGUAGUAAGGUACAAGCUGGAUAAAACCACCGUCAACAAUGUGAUACACAUAUGGAGCAACAUUCCAUCAGUCAACAGCAAAUAUUCUGGAGCAUCCUUGUACAUGGAUUUAUUUAAACUGGCAAAGGACAUACGUAGAAAAAGAAUUUUUUCAGAGCGGCCAGCCACUCUAAUUAAGGACUUUUUUGUUCCUUUGAAAGAAUACUUUAGGACUUUUUAAUAAGA